AUGGCCACCCCUUCGCCAGGCGAGGCCGCGCCGCAUGCGAGCCCUGGCGAGGCCGCAGCGCGAGUGGGGGCCCCGACGCUGGAGGAGCCGCCGACGAAGAUGCCGAGGUGCCAGCGGGGGAUGCCGAGCUUUGACCCGAGCGCGGUCGCGGACUCGGAGGGCCUGGAGCGCGCCGACCCCAUUGUCCUGGCCACCAGGAAGAUGCUUGAUGGGAUGGUGUGCGAUGACCGCGAAGAGCUCAAGGCCCGAUUGCUCAGCAUGGGCGUUGUGCCCGUGGCCAGUGGCUGCAGCGGCUCCAACGUGGCCACCGUCUGCUGCGAGCUCGCGUGCGUGCACAUCGGGGCGGGCGGUGUCUACGACGUGUAUGCUUGCGAGAAGGACGAGGCGAAACAGCUCUUCUUGAUGGCCGUCGAGAAGAGUCUCAAGGCUACCAGGCGGGAGGAGUGCGCCGGCGAGGGCACUGGCAUGCACGUCUACGCCGAUGUCGCGGAUCUGGGGGGCCUCAAUGCUAAGUGCGUGGCUCAUGGCGGCCGCUGCACCGUGCCCGACGGCAACAGGGGGCCGCUGUUGGAGUUCUGGGGCUUUUCGUGCAAGAACUUCAGCCGCAUGUUCAAUUGCGAGAACAAGGGGGAUCUGCUCAUGCACAUUCUGAAGGAGGGGAAAGGAUCCUCUGGCGAAACUUUCCAGUCCAUGCUUCGCAGCAUGCGCGAGCACCCCGUGUUCGCGGCGAUCAUCGAGAACACUGAGGACCUCAUCAGCGAGAAGCACCUGCAGGACUUGGUCGACGGCUUCGACAGCAUCGGCAUGGUCGUGGCGACGGACAAGUUCUCUUCGGUCGAGUUCGGCGUCCCCCAGCGGAGGGUCCGCGUCUUCGGCGUGGCCUUGAACGUCGCCAUGUGCAACUUGCCGAAGCAGCAGGCGCGCGCGCUGGCGAACCGGAUG